AUGGGGACCUCAAGAAUAGUCAAACCUUAUUGCGUAGCCAAAGAUAAUUAUUCUACCUUCUGGAGCUGCCAGGAAAUCCUCGGCCAUCGAAUGGAUACAUCAGAUUUGACCACGCAGCUUCGAGCUACAAUGGUAGGAGAGAUGCGUGAUGUGAUUCAUCGUAUUCUUUGCACUGGUGAGAUCAUAACAAAGCACUUUCAGGCUCUUCUUGGCAUGUGCCAAUAUGCUUUGCCUGUCAUUCGCAGUACAGCUCUUUUGCCACCCCUGCACAAAUCACUUCAUCAGGCACGGCUCCAAGAUGCCGGCAGUGUCCAGAUCCACCAAAACACAGUCGAGCACAACAGCCUACACAAACUCCUGAAAUUGAUCAACCUUGCUGCCGCAGACUGCCAGCCGUUGGUCGCACCAUGCAAACAAGUGCUUGACUUGACAAAGUUUGGCUGUCCUGCCGAACAACACAAGUUUGCUGGAGAUGGCACCUCAUUUGAAAUCAAGCUUGACAGGCAAAGGCCGCUGAUGCCGUGUUUGCAGGCAUUGAUGUAUCUGAUGUGGGAUGGCAACCCUGGGGCCAUGUGGCCCUCUCCAGAGGGUGUGGAGGGAGGCUGGGCAGGAGCCGAAGCCAUUCGGCUACAUCGCGGCCAGUUUCUGUGGCGGCACAGAAGAAGGCUAACUUGGGCUUACUGUUUAAAGUUUACCCUUGUUGUAUACGUGGGUUUGGGGAUGAAAUAA